AUGGAAAAUGAACUUUUCUACGAAUUAGUUCGUAAAUUAGCUGGUGCUAUUGAAGCUAAAUUACUUCAAGUACAAGGUGUUCGCAGUGCCUAUUCAUUGAUGCAUAUUGAAGAUGUUUUUGAUGUAUUAAAAUGUAAAAGUAAUUUACGAUACUUUACUCAAUUACUCAAUAUAAAACAUCAACAACGUUUGAAAACAAUUGAACUUCGAAUGAAAUCAAAGUAUACAUUAAAUGAUGUUGAUAAUAGUAAUACAUCUACAUCACAAUCAUCAACACAAGUUCUACUUGUUUUUUCACCAACAUCACAAAAUACAACAGCAACAACAAUAACAUCUAAUUUUAAUUCACAGACUUGUGAAAAUAUAUCCAGAUUAACACCAUCUAUGUCUGGUACUUUCUCAUCUAAUGUAAAUUUUACAGUCGCUCAAUUUCUACGACGUGCUGGUAAACUUUCAGUUUUGCAAGAUAUUGAAAGACAACAUGUGCAUGAUGAAUCUGGAUGUUCUUUAGAAUUACCAAAACAUCAUAAACGACGUCACAAAAAAGCCGCAUCACUAAAUAAUCAUUCACAAGAUUUUACUGAUAGUUUAAUACAAAAUACUGUUCAAAAUACUAUCUUUCAUGCCUUUGAUGAUGCCUACAAAAUGUUAUUUGUAUUUGAUAUUGAUAAAACUUUAAAAGAGUCACACAAAAGUACUUUGAAUGAAAUAAGUACAUUUGUUCGAGUUCAAAUCGAACGGAAAUCUCAUACUACUGAUUAUAGCGAGAAUUGGGACGAAUAUUCAGAUGAAGAAUCCGAUUCUGAACAGGUAAAUACGUCUGAUGAUUGUUAUGUAAGUACAGAAAGUUCUGCCGAAGAUGCAACGAAAGAGUUGCUUUCUAAUUCUAAUCGAGAAACAUCAGAGUUUAAAGGAAUAAGAAUUUUUAAUGAAAUUUCUAGUUCACAAAUCAAUUCAUAUUUUCGUAGUAAACACGAUGGAAAGAAAAAGUUUAUGCACAAGCAAACUGCUUGCUGGCUCCUUACCGACAAUAAACCUACACUUUCAGCUGAUCGACUUCAUCGUAUUCAGUAA